CUCGAUAAAUCAAUAAAACACAGUACAAAUUUGUAGUCCAUCCCCCUUGUGGACAUUUGGACUUUUGUUUCGUUUCUUAUCUUAAAGUCCCUCCAUCCUCAAAUCGGCUGCUGAUCAAAACCAGUAACCAGUUACGUAGCAAGAUGUCUUUGCGUCCACUUGUGGAAGGCGAUUGUGGUGCCGUCAAUCCAUUGAUGCAGCUGGGCGGCCAAUUCACCCGCGAUGUCGCCCACAAGGAUGAGGGGUUUGCUCCUGCGCAAUUCGAACGCAGCUUGCGCCCAGACGAGCAACUAGUCAACGAUUUUCUCGGUCAAGUAGCUGGCCCACCGCAAUCAUUUCAAAUGGACACACUGCUACAAGAAAUGCGCGGCGUCAACAUCCAUGGACCAGUGCCACAGCAGCAUCAGAAUGAAAUGGCCAACCAGUGGGGUCGGGACUUUAUGCAGCAGCAGCAGAACCAGCAGCAAUCGCAGCAAAAUAAAACGGUCCAGAUGCCGCAGCCCAUGCAAUCGCAAGAUUUCUUCGACGAAACCAUGAUCAGCACUCAAAAUUUUAUGCCAAACCAAAUGAUGCGACAGCCAUACAUGGCCAUCACAGCUGGUCCGCAGCAACACCAACAGCAGCAGCAGCAGCAGCAGCACGAUGCGUUUUUCGACGGCAACGUCGAGACGAUCAUUACUGAUAAUCUGCCAAGGGUGGAAACUUACGCAGAGUCUCUGGAGGAUUGGAUCAGUGACUAUCAGCGCAAUAGGGAGCAAAACGAGCAAACUGCAACAAAUUUCAACGAGAAAUUCUGGCAGCGCCUACAAGACGAAUGGCAAAAGUUGGCGGAGGAGAACGAACAUCCCUGGCUAUCCGAGUUCAAUGAGAAUCUGGACGCCUACAAGGAGUACGAAUUUGCCGAGCAGAAUCCGAUGGCCGAAUUGGACAAUGCCUUUGAAAAGGGCAAGGAAUACUUGACUAAGGGCGAUAUACCCAGUGCCGUGCUCUGCUUCGAGGUCGCUGUCAAGAAGGAACCGGAACGGGCCGAAAUUUGGCAACUCUUAGGCAUCUCGCAGGCCGAAAACGAAAUGGACCCACAGGGCAUAGCAGCUCUUAAGAAAGCACUCGAAAUGCAGCCAGAGAAUCGUCAGGUGCUGAUGGCCCUGGCCGUAUGCUAUACCAACGAAGGCUUGCAGAGCAAUGCGGUGAAAAUGCUCUCCAAUUGGCUAGAGGUGCACCCACAGUAUAAGCAUCUGCUGACCGCCUACCCACAGCUCCAAUCGGAGGUGCUUACCAUGGCCUCCUCGCUGAUUGGCGGCAAUAAGCUGCGCGAUCUGCAGCAAGUCUAUUUGGAGGCUGUGCGCAUGCACCCCGCCCAAGUAGAUUCCGAUUUGCAGGAGGCUCUCGGAGUGCUCUACAAUUUGUCUGGCGAAUUUGAUAAGGCGGUCGAUUGCUAUCGCUCGGCCGUGCAUGUCGAUCCACAAAAUGCCAAGCUCUGGAAUCGUUUGGGCGCCAGCUUGGCGAAUGGCUCACGUUCCGUGGAGGCAGUCGAAGCAUAUCAGCAGGCGCUUCAGCUGCAGCCAGGAUUCAUACGCGUACGCUACAACGUCGGCGUCUGCUGCAUGAACCUAAAAGCUUACAAAGAGGCAGCCGAACAUCUAAUUACGGCGCUUACCAUGCAGGCGCACACAAAUGCCUCGCGUGAGCUGCCCAAUGCCCAGGCCGUUGGCCAGAAUCAGAUGUCCGAAUCGAUCUGGAGCACACUUAAAAUGGUCAUAUCACUAAUGGGUCGCAGCGAUCUACAGGGUCACGUCAGUGAUCGCAAUUUGUCGGCACUCAAUGAAGCCUUUAAGGAUUAGAUUGGUGCAGCUGGUGUCUAGUAAAUAACUUGGAAACGUUAUGCAUUCCCCCAUCUAUUUGUCAAGCUUUCCUUCCAUAUAAUAAUGUUUAAUGGAUUUGUGCUUUGAAUGUAUUUCUCAAUGUGUUAGAGUUUAGAAGUUGCAAUUAAAUUGUUAUCGUUCGGU